AGCAGCGUCAGUCGUGACCGGGUGUGUGAGUGUGUUUGUGUGUGUGUCAGCGAAAGAUUUCUUAAAAUGCAAGAGAGGUAACGUUAGCUUGUCUGACGGGAUGGCAGGAAUCAUCAAAAAGCAGAUCCUGAAGCAUUUGUCCAGGUUCACAAAAAACCUCUCCCCAGAUAAGAUCAACCUGAGCACGCUGAAAGGAGAGGGCCAGCUGUCCAACCUGGAGCUGGACGAGGAGGUCCUGCAGAACAUGCUGGAUCUGCCCACCUGGCUGGCUGUCACCCGUGUCUACUGCAACAAGGCUGCUAUACGGAUACAAUGGACGAAGUUGAAGACAAGCCCGAUAUGUUUGUUCCUGGACAAAGUAGAAGUUGAAAUGAGGACCUGUGAGGAACCCCGGCCCCCCAAUGGCCCCUCCCCUAUUGCCAUUACUGCAGGUCAAAGUGAAUAUGGCUUUGCCGAGAAGGUCGUUGAGGGAAUGUCUGUGAUCAUCAACUCCAUCACGAUUAAAGUGCAGGCCCGAGCGUUCCAUGCCUCCUUUGAGCUCUGGCAGCUCCAGGGCUGCAGCCUCAAUCCCAAGUGGCAGAAGAGCGACCUGCGUUACACACGCGUCACACAUCCCAAGAGAGGAGAGGUCCUAACAUUCAAGGAGAUCAACUGGCAGAGUCUGCGCAUCGAGGCUGAUGCUAUAGAGAGUGAAGAGCAGGAUCUGGGCAGCACGCCGCUCCGUCUCAUUACCAAUCAAGGACGAAUACGCAUCGCUCUCAAACGCAGGGUGAAGGACUGUAAUGUGUUGGCCUCUAAGCUGCUGUUUAUACUGGAUGACCUGCUGUGGGUGCUGACAGACUCCCAGCUCAAAGCCAUCAUCCACUACGCCAAAUCAUUGAGUGAAGCCAUGGAGAAAUCUGCCCAGCAGAGUAAGAGCAUGGCUGCUGAGACACUACAGACCGCCCCUCCCUCUCCUGGCAUUCAUUCUCUGUGGACUGAAACGCCUCCUUCCCCUGCGGCCGGGACCCCCAGCACACUGGCCCAGUAUUUUGACCUUCACGACGUCAAAGAAUCGUCCUACCACACCUUCAUCUCCCGUCUUGACCUUCAUGUCUGCAACGACAGCUCUUCAGAUCCCGAUGAAGCUCCGCCUCCAGGCACCCAGGGUGCAAUGCAGCUGACCUUCCGGAAGUUGGGCUGCGAUUACUACCCUUUCCACAGACCAGGUGACGGCUGUCGGCACUGGGAGCAUCACUGCGGGGCGAUGGAGUCUCGCGCUCAGUGGGCGGCCAAACUGCUGCAGGAGUUCCAGAGAAGAGUGGAGGAUCUGGGCAUCCCUGGACCAUUUUCAGAAACGCCUAAAGAUUCUCCAGCCAAAAAAGUCAAGGGAGAUGGGGAUGCCUCGUCCAGUUUUAGCCCUGAACCAGGUCAGACGUCACAACGGGGUUCAGAAGCCCUGUCCCCUCUGAAGAGACUCCGCUCCAGCUGUAUGGUGAUCCGUGUGGAUGACCUGGACAUCCAUAAGGUGUCCACCGGGGGGCGUCACAGCAAGAGAACGCAGUCGCUGUUAUCUUGUAACCGCAAAUCUCUUAAUCUGCCAGACAACACGCCUGCUAUUCACCUACAAUUCACAGAAUAUUACUUCCCUGAUAACCCUGGACUUCCUGUACCCUGCUCUAACCUUUAUGCCAAGCUGAAUGGUCUACAGCUGUGUCUAGAUGCUCCAAGUGUACUGUGGAUGACUCUCUUCUCAAGGGGUCUACACAGGACACUGGAUCAAGUCAGAGCCUUCUACCACCUCCAAGACAGCAGUAAAAGUGACGAACAUAUCGAUGUUCGCAUGGAUGCAACACAACUGAUGCUGGUCAUUCCUCUGGAAUCCUCCAUUUUGGAUCAUCCAGACCGGCCUCAGUCGCUAAGCGUCAGUCUUCCUCAGAUCGUCCUCAGCAACACACGUCACUGUCCUCAUGGUUCUCGCUCUGACCUCAGCAGCACCUACAACAGCUUCUCUAGCUCUCCGUUCUUCCAGUCCACAGCGUGCCAACCUUUCCCUCGUGAUCAGAGUGUCCUACGUCCCCUUCCAUCUGCGUUCCUUCAACACUCCCUGGAAGACGAGUCCCUGGCCUUAGCAGGCAGACGUCACUCUCGCUCUCAGGACGUCUGGUCUCUCAGUCUGUCCCGAGUUGCUCUGGGCUUUGAGGGGGCUCGUCGAGGGCUCAGGGGCAAAGCUCUUCCCUUCGUGGAGCCUUUUGCCAUGUCUUUGUGGAUGUGCCGCCCUGCUGCUUUCAGGAAAGACUUCCGCAUGCAGAGAGACUUAUUCAGUUCUAGCAAAGACUCCGUCCCAGUCACACCGCAAGGUAUGGAUGGGGAUGUCCCAUCAGGUCAAUUCAACCACACCAAUGAACAAGUCAACUCUCCCCUGGCCUCCAUCCACAUUUUGGCCCAGUCUAUCACUCCUGUCAAAAUGUUUCUCAACCACUACCAGUUUGUAGCCCUUUUGCGGAUGAAAGACUACCUCGCCCGACUAGCUGGAGAUUUGAGCAAGGAUGUCCAGAGUUUGGGACAUUCAGAAGAGUCACGUACAGAUUCUCCUUCAGUGUGUCUCUCUGUCUUAAUGGAGGCCAUUGAACUUGCUUUGCUGCUUCCUCCUGCAGCAUGUGAGCCAGAAUCCCAAUCCCCGGAGGACACAGACACUCCCAGUCUUACCGACUCGGAUCUCUCACCAUCACACCACGCCGGUGAGCCUGGCCUGCUGGAGGACAGUGGGCUGGGUCAAAAUGGGGAAACAGUGGAUCAGGAGGACGAUGAAGAGCAGGAAGGUUCAGUGGAGGAGGCCUGCGAAGCCCUCGAGGAGGUAGUGGGUGGACAGAGGCAGCAGCAAGCUCAGGUUUCUGCUCAAUCUCCACCACUUUCUCCAGGGAACUCAACGGUACUCUCUCGGCAAGGUUCUACCUUCAGCCUGGAAGGCGAACUGUCCAGCGCCCUAAAUGCCACCAAAGGUGUUACCAAAGACGCGCUCAGCGCCUCCCUGGAUCUCACGAAGGGGGCGCUGUCCAUCACGAAAGAUGCCUUUAGCAUCCUUAGUAGAGGAUCUGCAAUGACUAAGCUCUUCACUCCUCAAAACAAGGAGCAAAGCUCACGGCCAGAGGAGUCUAGUUCCCCCUUCAUGGGGAGCCUGCGGCUACAGUCCAUGAAACAGUCGCCUUCCCAGAAUUCCUGUGACAGUGCCAUUCUCGAGAGGAGCCUGGCAGACGAUGGCUUAUCCAUUGACAGUGACAUCAGUGAAAACUUUGUCAUCCUCAUGGACUCUGAGUCAGGUGUGGAGUCUUUGCGUCCUGAUGGUACAGCUGUCAACACUGGCAGUUGUGUGAGUCCUGCACCGGGAACAGAAGGUGGAUCAUCGGCAGACCUCAGCAGCUCCCUGUCCCAGAGCACUGAAGACCUUGCCGAAGAUACGGUUUCUGUGUUAGUUCUGUGUCUGAGCCGAGUGGGUGGCCUGGCAGAGAAGCAUGGAGAAGAUACUGUAGUGGCGCUGGAAGCCAAAGAACUUCUGCCUAAACAACUUGGCAAUCAUAAAGUCACAGAGCUGCUGACAGGACUGACGUUGACGCAGGCUGGUUCUGCCUCUCCCAUCGCUCCGCUGUCCCCAGGUCCUCGAGUUCCCUCCUGCCCCCCAGUGGCGGUGCUCAGAUUAGAGAUGGGACCCCGCGCGGGCAGGCAUUCUUCUCUGUCUGAGAGCAUGGGGUUCAUGGAGAUGUGUUUGACGGGGUGCAGAGCUGAGAUUUUCGCUUCUACAUUAAACGGUCUGGGUCCCUUCCUGGAGGAUGAGCUGAGCGGAGACACACAGCCAAUGAGACUGUGGAUGCGGGACAGUACUGUUACACUAAAGGAUGAUGGUCCUCGUGUCUACCCAACUGCUCCUCAGCCUGUUCCUGUGCUCUUCUCUCUGGACGGCAUUGUGCUGGAGCGUUUAGAUGACGGGAUACUCCGCUUGAGACCUGCUCAGAAUCAUCCAGCGACCGAGACGGAAGUGUAUCGAGAAAUGGCCGACCAAUCCUGUUCUAGAGCGGAGGACGAAAACAAAUCUCUCGAGUCCAGGCUCGCUGAUGUCCAGUCUGCUCUCCACAAAGCUCUGUCUGACCGAGAGCGUCUGCUACAGGAAGUCAGGAAACACAACCCCUCCUUCACCUUAUGACGUUAAAGGGAAAGUAACCAGACUUCAGUCGAAGCGAGGCACCAUAUGACUUCUACAUGAACCACAAGAGGUUUCCCAAACUCUUACUGAUUCAAACUUCUUUUUCUGCACUCUGCAAUCACCUUAGAUUUAGAUUUUAGAUUUAGAUUCAAUUUAUUGUCAUUGCACAUGUACAAGUACAAGGCAACGAAAUGUGACCUCUGCAUUUAACCCAUCCAGAGAGUAGUGAACACACGUACCCCCGGAGCAGUGGGCAGCUAUCACUGCAGCGCCCGGGGAGCAAGUAGGGGUAAGAUGCCUUGCUCAAGGGCACCUCAGUUCCCGCCGGCCCUGGGAAUCGAACCGGCAACCUUCUGGUCAUGAGUCCGACUCUCUAACCAUUAGGCCACAACUGAGACCUUAAUAUCUCAUCCUAGAUCUCUCUACGAUCAGAUAUCGUCAUGCUCUCUAGUUUCUCUCUGACUUUUCUCCACGAGUCUUCCUGUCCCUUUGUGACUGAACUACACCGCUAAAUGUAACAGACGGAUUAACUCUUUCACUGCCGGAGACCCUCUGCCUCCUGAACUAUUUCCCCGCAUUUUGCUCAGCAUGAAUCUCACACAUUUCACCCCAGGAUUGUGUCAAAUUCAUUUUACAGACGAAUCCUAGCUGAGCCUUUGAUCGGUACCUGGUAGCGCUGUUCUCAAACCUAGUGAGCUGCCUACCUAGAAAGCAUUUUAAAGGGGGAGUAAAUGACAGAAUUUUCAUUUUUGGGUGAACUGUCCCUUCUAUCUGUACGUCGUUAUAAAAGCUGAAAUUAUUAAUAAGAUACCUCAUGUUGGAGAGUACUAGCAUUAGGAUGUUGGACAAUACUCAUGUUUGAAACAGUACAAAAACGUCUGCUCUCUGCCGCCCUCUGCAGGUCAGGUGGAGAAGCACAGGUCAGACACUUGAUGAGGUUUUUUGAUGAGGUCUAGGUAGUAGACAGUGAGGCAGUUAACUAGAUUUUGGAACAGAACUAUAAAGAUUUUAACAGUGUACUGUAUUGUGAGUUUUAUUUACGCUGCUAUUAAGCUGCAUCAAUACAAUGUGUCGAAGAUCGCUGAGGUUUGUGUGCGUUACGAGUGGAGUUAAAGACAAGAGCACUUUGAUGUCAAAAGGCACUCUAUUGUCACUAUAUAUUGACCUUCAUCUGAGGGUCAACAUGUACAACAUACGGUACUUUUGUGUUGACAUCACAUCGUCAGACUGCACUAAGCUGGUAUGGAAUGAAGCGCUUGUGCCAAGGCCACAGUUUCAUACUGUGAGAAUUUGUUCACAUAGAUCUUGGAGACUUGUUGCAACCGCUUUGAUUUGGUCUAAAGGCCCGUUCCCACCAAGAAUAUCUGUAAAGAUGACCACAAAGAUUUUGAUCAUUUUAAAAUGAAGAAAAUAAUGAAGUUCACCUUGUAACUGUAGCAAUACAGAGAAACUUGGGAUCACUUUCAGAGUGAUUUUUUCAGCUGAUGAACAAUAAAAUAUUGACAGCCAAUCAAAAUCCACUUGGAUUUGAAAGGUUUACGUAUUCAAAUUGUGAAACUGUAGCAUGCGAGCUGAGAAUAAACAUAACGGUAUCAACUAUUGGUGAGGACGCUAAUAUAGUUAUCGUUACGGUUAUCCUUCGUGUGAGCGGGCCUUAAACCUUCAGUAUUAUAAUGAUGUUACACGUUUUUUUUUGUAAACGUGGUUAUUUAAUGAAAAACAUUUGUUGGGUCAUUUUUAUGUGUUUGUUACACUAAAUCUCUCACUUAUUCUAAUCUGUGGAGUUAAACAAAAUAUAAAUAUUAACCUAUAAAUUAUAAAUAUUUACUUUUAGUUUUUACAAUUUCUAAAUUGUAUUAUCAAUUAUUUUAACAUUUUUUGUGUGUUAAAAGAGGAACACAAAGGCUGACAUGUAAAUCUGUGAAAUGUCCUGUACAAACAAAAUCUUGAAUUACAGGUGCUACAGUGUACAGCUUUGUGCAACACAAUGUUAAGAUACUGACAGAUUUUAGUGCAUGGAAAACAUCUUGUUUAGGUAUUUAAUGCAUGGCUUUACUUGAAACCUUUCACGAGUGCAACAUAAAGAUCACAGACCUCAUUGAGUUGAUUUAUUUAUUUUAUUUGUGGCACAGCAUGUUAAGAAACACCUCUGGUCAUCCAUGCCUUCCAUUGCUGUAGCUCAGAUAUUGUGAAUGGUCAUAUUGGUUGUUUUUAAAGAUGUUGUUGGUACUAGGUUUACUUCUCUGUGUGUUUCAUUUAAAGUAGUAAUGUUCCGUUUGUUACAGUGUUUUGUAUGCAAAAGCUCUAAAGAACAAAGUCUGCGUGUUCAUUUUUCUCUGUUGUUCCUGAAUGUAAAUCCGCCCUGGUGAGAAAGUAAAAAGCCCUUUAGGUACACAAAAACAAACUGAUAUUCACAGAUACACAAAGCAAACUGAUAUUCACUGAUAAAAGUCCAAUAAAAUUAGAUGGAGAGUGUAAUGUAGAGUUUCCCAUGUAUUGAAAAUGUCUCACACUGUGCUACAAUUUGCAAGACAGCAAAGUUUGUUAUUAAAGUCUGAUUUUGAAUAAGAAUUUUCAUCUAAAUCUUCCACAGCCGAAUGAUUUAAUCGAUGCUAUGUCAGUACAUUUUAUAGCUCUACACUCUUACUGUAAAUCAUCAAUUUUGUUUCAUUUUAGAGAAGACAUCUGUGAGUUGAUUCUAAACCGAUACACAACUAAUAGCUAUAUAAAGUCUCCUGAAGUAUACCUUUGUUAAAAAAGACUGGGAAUUUUUUUAUCAGAAUCAUGAUUUUUUUUAUUUAAACUAGAAUGUGUGUGUGUUUAUUAAUUUGUUGGACUGUUCAUUUAUAGCUGUGUUGAGUCUGUUGUUGAAUUAUUUUUGAACGUUUAUUGUUGGUUAAAUGAAUGGCAUGUGUGCAUCACACUGUUCUUGAGUGUUCGUGAGUUUGUUUUCUAAUAGGGUUUAGUGAGUUUUUUAUUUCACAUUUGACUGUAUUUGACUGAAAAACUGUAUUUUGUUGGUUCUGUGAACCAUAGCUAGACCAUAUAUGAUCAAUAAAAUGUUUAAAUUACUUUAAAAUUGUGUAC